UGCGGUAGCUCCUUGCGACCCAGCAAGAGCAAGCUGAUACAAGCAGAAACUCUUUUUAAAAAACACUUUAUAAACAAUGUCUUUUGCUUCACACAGCCAGAAAGGCACGGACGAAACUUACACUUUCUCCAGCCGGCCGAGACCUGUUGAGAACCGCUCCAAAUACAGAGAACUACCUACAGAAAAGGCACACAGCAGUAAUUAUGGUAACAUCAUGUAUGAUCGACGUGUCAUCAGGGGAAACACUUACGCCCAACGCUUCAUGUCAGCUAUGGUGCAUGAUGAUCUGUUUGAAAUACAAAGACAGCAAGAGAUGAGGCGGAGGGCCAUGGCUCGAAAAAAGACCAGGGAGCCCCAAAGAUCUGCAACUCCGGAUGCCGUCCACGGUAGACAACACAAUGGAGUACAAACAGAGCUUUACCUGGAAGAGUUAAGCUACAUCAUAGAGGUUUCACAUACUGAAUCUCAGACUGACCCUCUCCUGGACAGACCAGCAUCUCCGCUCUUUAUACCUGCCAAAUCUGGCAAAGAUGUUGCAACGCAAAUAGAGGAUGGAGAGUUGUUUGACUUUGAUAGAGAGGUGCAGCCAUUGCUGGAAGUCCUAGUGGGGAAGACCAUUGAGCAAUCUCUCCUGGAGGUGAUGGAGGAGGAGGAGCUGGCCUGUCUGAGGGCCCAGCAGAGAGCCUUUGAGGAGAUGCGGAAUGCCGAGCUGGCCGAGGUGCAGCGACUACAGGAGCAGGACAGGCGCCGGCGGGAGGAAAAGGAGCGUAGAAUUUCCCAGCAGCAGGAGGCACUGAAGAGGGAACAAGAGACAGCGGAGAAGAUUGCAGCUCGGGCCUACACCCAUCACUACCUGGCUGACCUUGUACCCACUGUCUUCAAGUCUCUUAGAACCCACGGCUUUUUCCAUGACCCUGUGGAGAAAGAUAUUGAGACAACUUUCUUUCCAUGGCUGAUGGCUGAGGUUCACAGCAAUUUAGAGAAGAGAAAUACAGCAAGGCAGCUUUUAGACACACUCAUCCAUGAUGUGGUCCAGAAAAGACUGCCACUCUACACACACUUGGAGUCACAACAAGAUGACAACUAGAGGGGUGUAUGCUAAAGAAAGCUAAAAAAAAAAUAUGAAUAAGUACUUUUUAAGAAUUUUUGUCACAAGCGGAGCCUUUGUUAAAAAUACAUCCUUUGCUCUUUUAUCACUCACCUUAUUUGUAUACUUGGUAACUGUAAACAGACAUUUUAUCUCAGGCAUGCAGUGAUCUCUAGCCACUCAUCAGUACAGCACAUUUGGGAAUAGAAAUUAUAUAAACAACGGUUUGGUACAAAUGUAACAGCAGGUUCUAUUAUACGAGUCUAUUUUAAUACAGUCAUACUAUUGGUUAGGUCACCUGUGGCUCCUCCUCCUUUUGGGCUUUGUGGGCGGAAGACACGCAUUUAAAGAGUUCCGAUGACCUACUUAUGUUGAUAAAAGCCCACCGUUUGUUGAUAAAUGUUGAUAAAAGUCCACCAUCAAUCACUAUAAGGAUUUUUAGUAAUUAUUAUACUGUAAUUUUUUAAAUAGAAAGGCAGGUAAGUAAACGAUGUGACUCAUUUUGGUACUAUAAGACCAACAAGUCGCCUUUGACGUCAUAAACAUACAAUGACAUGGCUGAUGGCUUUCAUUUGUACGUUGGUCGUAAUAAAGAAAAAGAUCAAGGAAGAAAGCAAAGAUGAAGGUGUGGAUGGCCAUGCCCAGCGG